AUGUUGAAUUUGAGAGCAUUGAACAAAACAAUAAAAACGUUAAUGGUUACAUCUAAAAAUAGAAUUUUACUUAACAAAUAUUACACUUCAGAUAGUUCAUAUAUAAUACCUGAUAGUUUUAUUCCACCUUAUGAAGAAAAACAAGGUGAACCAUUAGAACAAAAAAGAGCUAGGUUAAUGUAUCAGUCGAGAAAAAGAGGAAUGUUGGAAAAUGAUCUUGUUUUAAGUACAUUCGCAGCUGAACAUUUACAUAAAAUGACAGAAAAUCAAUUAUCAUUGUAUGAUAGACUAAUAAAUUUACCAUCAAAUGAUUGGGAUAUUUAUUAUUGGGCAACUGGUGGUAAGCCAACACCUGAAGAAUUUAAUAAUGAAGUUAUGAAUAUGUUAAAAGAACAUAUUAAAAAUAAAGAUAAAGUUAUGAGGAUAAGACAACCGGAUUUAUACAGUACGAGGUAA